UAUUCGCAUUAAUUAAUUACUGCAAAUUGAAUCGUUUGUGCAAAUUCUGUAAUAUUAAACUUGAUGUUGGAAGAUUGGGUCUUUGGUACUUAAUAUUUUUUAGCUAUUCAUGGUGUUCUUUCUUUAUAUUUUACGGUUUGUGACUAAUUCCAUUUUGAUGGCUUUUUCUCUAUUUCUACUUUUUUCUUAUCUUCAUUCUUUACUAUGAUGAAAUUUUAAGCUACAAAGACUAAUGAACCCAAUGUGUUCGGUGGUAUACCUGAAACAACUUAACUACCAUUUGGAUUUUCAAAGUCAAAUUUCCUCAAGCGAAGAAAGCAAGAAAAUACUCUGACUGAUAGGAUGUCCGACAAAAAUAGUGAAAGAAACCUUAGACGCCGUAUUGCUUAUUGAGCAAUGCCAGCUGAACAAAAGGAAGCUCUGCUGGAACGCCGUCGUGCAGCCUAUUCUACAAGAAGGCGUCGUCUUUCUGAAAAUUCUUCUACUAGCCACUCCAUGCAGAUUGAUUCUUCCCCUGAACCUCCAAACUUGAUUCCGUUGCCGACUACUACCUUCAUUAGAGACGGACUUUCUACUCCUCCUGCCAAGGAACAACCAACUCAAUGUGCUAGUGUGUAUGAAAUAGGUUAGCGUAAAUUAACUUUAAGAAUUUAAAGCUGCAGCUACAUAGUUAUUCACUAUAGUUGAUAUGUUAAUCCUUGCAGGAUCGACAUCCGGAACAUGUAAUGACCGUUCUAGCUUACGCCAAUCACUACCAACUGUUAGAGCUUCAGCAAAAAAUGGCACAAAAACUGGGUAUACAUGUAAUAACUACGGACACAGCUGACUGGACUUGUAAGAUACAAGUUGUAGAUAUAUGUGGACCAGGUGAAAGUAAUGUAAAAAAGAUAAAAUAUCUGAACAUGAUUGUUCAAGAUGAGCAGGAAGAUCAAAUAAAAGCAAUUGUUUAUGGAGAUGACAUCCCCAUUUAUCAGAGUCUGAUGAAACUUUAUCAUACCUACUGGAUAACGGGUGCACGCAUACAACUACCAAAUCUGAAAUAUGAAAGUCCAUUACAUGCAUUUGAAUGGGUUCUCGAUAAAAAGACCAUCAUUGAUCCAAUUGAAAAGAAUGCUGAAGAUGCGUUGCCGCCUCCUACAAAGCUUAAUGUUACCUCCUUCUUAGAUAUUAAGGAUCAGGCCUUCCAAGAUAUCAAUAAUACUCUGACUAAAAAAGAAUUCAACAUACUUGCAAUUAUUGUCAACUGUUCCCCACCAAGAUAUGUUGCGAGUGUCGACAAAAGAUUGCAAGAGCUCAUUGUUAUUGAUACCCUGUAUAUCAUUGACAACAAAGUUAGCACAACAAUACAAAUUGAUCCACCUUAUUCACAGUGUCAACAACUACAAGAAUGGGUCGCACAAAACAAAGAAACCCUUACCUCUUUCACUAUGCGGAGUACAUCCAGAUCUGGAUCUCUCAUCUUUGUUUUAAUGAAUGAAGUAGUGCCAAUUGCAAACAUUCAAUCCCAGGAAGACGGAAAGGCAUUCUACAUUGAAGCAAAAAUAUCCUUCCCAAAUAGCCUCAGGUCUUUCUGUGUUUUGAAUUGUUCAAGCUGUGGACAAGAAGUACGCAGUACGACCAAGAGAAAAAUUCACUGCAUGAAUUGUAAUAAGCAGAGUAUGUUGGUUCCCAGGUGUCGAUUUGAUGUGAAUCUCAAAGAUGCCUCUGGGUCAGCAACUGGGAUGAUUAUGGACAAAGAAGGAAAAAAACUAUUAUCUCUUACUGCAGCAGAGAUUUACGAAAGAGCUUCAGCUGAGAAUGACAACCUGCCUGUGGAAGAUUUCCAAAGCAAAUUUGACCAGAAGCUGUUCAGAAUUCAAGUGAAGAAGCCAUUUGGCCGUGCUUCAUCCACAUCAUCUUCAAAAUUGUAUAUCCAGUCAUGCAUUGAAAAGGAAAGCAUUAUUCAUUCUCUCCCAGCACCAACCACAGCAUCAAUCAAUAUCAGCAAAAACAGUAAAAGGAAAAAAGAACAUGUAUCUUCCCAUGAUACAAAAACAAACCUGCCAACCGAACAAGGCGAAUCAGUCAAGAUGAAUUAGAAACUGGAGCCAACAACUCCAGUGAAAAGGAAAUGAAGGUUAACCAACUAAUUUUGCAACCACUUUUGGCUUUCAUGGAACAAAGUUGUUUUGCAGGAAAAUGAAGUUUUGACUAUAACUUGCUCAAUUUUUGGCUUGUACAUAGAUUUCCAGUGACUUCUAUAGUCAUGGAAUAAAGUGGAAUGCUUAUGGGUUGCGGUUGUUCAAGGUUUCUUGUUUCUGGUGAUUGCACAUCUGGUUAACUUGCUUAAAGAAUAUAAAAGAAGAUGAGCAUCACGUCGUUUGGUUCUAGCUAGAGAAGGACAGGCCACAUGAAUGCCCAGUAUGCACACAGUAUUUUGUGGUCAUGAAAGUUCCCAGGUCAUGAAAGAGUUUUAUCUUUCAAGAGCAUACUUAUGCUCAACUGCCAGAAUUCAGAUUUCAGCCCAACCUCAUACAAAUGUUGGAGCACCUACAAUCUUUGUACUUUUGUCUUUCCUGCAAACUACUUCUGUAACUUUGUUCCACAAAUGAAUGUAAUAUACUAUGAACCAUGUUAUGUUAAUAUUUAGUUUAAUCAUCUCUCCUUUAUUUGCA